GGGAAUCAACAGGACUUGAAGCUGGUGAUCUGUGUGGGCGAUAGGCGCCCGCCCAAGGACAAACAAGGGGUGCAUUCGCCCACCAGAUGUCGACGCCAGUACAUGCGUACUCGAAAAUUUCCGCGCAGCCAAUCAGCGCCAAGGCUGGCCUCUGGUAGCCGCGCUAUUCAGUGCUGGGGCCGCGCUGCUGGUCUCGCCAGUUCGAUGGGAGGUCUAGCCGGGUGCUGUGGACCACAUUCAUUGCAUGGGCCUCGUGCGUUGCAUGUGAAUCCGGCGUUCCUGCAUGCUCCUCCGUCACAGCCAUCUCCUGGUUAUGGACAUCCGCAGCAGAAAAUCAUCGAUCCGUGGGCUGGUUCAUAUGCGAUGGAAUCCCUCACCCAAGAAAUCAAGAAUGGUGGAAUGAAGAUUGAAGAAUGUGCUGCACGUCGCAAAACUAUUAUUGAUUCCGGAAAAGAAGUAAUUGUGGGUGUGAACAAGUACCGUUUGGAGAAGGAAGACCCAGUUGAAGUUCUUGUCAUCGAUAACACCAAAGUGCGAGCGUCACAAAUCGAAAAGCUUGAACAAAUUAAGAAAAGCCGUGACAAGAAUCGUGCGGAAGCAGCUUUGAAAGCUCUCGAAGAAAGUGCAAGAACUGGGCAAGGAAAUUUGCUUGGUUUGGCUGUUGAAGCAUCUCGCGCUCGCUGCACUGUUGGUGAAAUUUCAAUGGCAAUGGAGAAAGUCAGUUAA